AUGCAGUUCACCACAGCAGCCCUUACCGCUAUCUUGGCCACCCUCGCCGCCUCCCAGACUCUCAACAUUCCAGCCCGUUCCGGAAGCAUCCAAACUCUUCGUGCCCCAAUGGCGAUUUCUGGGUCAAAAGACAUGGGCAACAAGGAGUACGACCGUGGACAGGCCUGCGACACUGACGCUGACACUGGAUCUGACAACGCUGUUUUCAUUCUUGAGAACGGUGCUACCCUCUCCAACGUCAUCAUUGGUGCCAAUCAACUCGAGGGUGUGCACUGCAAGGGUGCCUGCACCUUGAAGAACGUCUGGUUCCGUGACGUUUGCGAGGAUGCCAUCUCCCUUCUCGGUAACGGUGAUGUUCUCAUCCAAGGUGGUGGUGCUCAGAACGCAAAGGACAAGGUCGUCCAGCACAACGGAAAGGGAACGGUCACCAUCAAGGACUACACAGCCGUCAGCGUUGGAAAGGUCUACCGCUCAUGCGGUAACUGCUCCAACAACGGAGGACCAAGAAAGGUCAUCAUCUCCAACCUCAAGGCUAAUGGAGUUACCUCCGAUGUUGCCGGUAUCAACUCCAACUACGGUGACACUGCCACCAUCUCCGGAUCCUGCGGAAAGGUCAGCCACGUCUGCCAGGAGUUCAAGGGUAUCGACAAGAAGGUCACCAAGGGCGAAUCCCCAAAGCUUACCUCCACCGGAAGCUGCCUUGGUGCCCAAGGAAAGCUCGCUAAGCUCCCAGCCUGCUAA